AUGAAGGCAUUGAGACUUCGCACAGUAACUGGACUAGAGAGCAAUAGAAAGGCAUUACUGACUUACCUGAACUCCCUAUGCACAGCGGGCCCAGUUGGAGAACCCAGUGAUCCUCUUUACAUACAUCUGCAGAUAGAUGACGGUAGACGUGAUACACUUCUACAACAUGUGAAGAUAUUAUACGAUGCCGCAUUACAACACCAUCCAGAAACAUUUGUAAGUGUCGUCCCACUCACACCACCAACAUCAACACUAACAACAAGUGAAGUGACAGAGAAACAGAAAGACACAUCCAAUUCUAGUACGGCAUCAUUGCCAUUGUUUACAUCUGCCUUCAUGACAGCCAAUCGUGGAUUUGAGCCGAUGUAUGCACAUGUGGCUCUUGGUGGGACGUUUGACCGUCUCCACGCCGGACACAAACUGCUACUCACCACCGCAUUAUUUUAUACCAAUAAAACUUUACGUGUUGGGGUUACUUUGGAAGAAAUGUUAUCGAAAAAAUCUCAUGCCUCCUAUAUUGAACCCUUUGAAACCCGUCGUGCUGCUGUUUCUAAUUUUUUGCGUAAUCUUCGUCAUGAUAUCGAGUUGGAUGUUGUUGGGAUCACAGAGGCGAGUGGUGGUACCGAUCGCGAUCCAUCUGUAGAAGCGUUGGUGGUCUCUCCAGAAACCGCCGGUGCACUUGUGCCGAUAAACACCGCCCGGGCCUCUCGUGGAUUACCGCCGCUGAAGUGCAUUGAGAUUCCAUACGUGGCCGUUGGCGGUGAUGAUAAUCGUAUCAGCUCCACAGAACUGCGGAGGCGGAUUGAGGAACGAAAGCGGAAUGAGAAGUGA